CACCGGAAAGAUGACUGUUUUUACCAUUUCAGUGAAUGUUAAUAUGCGGAUCAACUGUACUCUUUUUUACCCUCAAGGAAACUGAUUAACAAUCCUGUGGAAUACAACUAUUUGGACGAACGCCACUCAUCUUGUUUUUUUUCUUUUGGUUGUGGAAAGAGCUCACAGGGUUGUCGGGCCAGUGGGUCGUCAGGAGUUAGAACAACGACUAGCUUCGCGUUGUACUUUGCAUUAAAAUAAAGUCUUGUUUAGGCAGAUUUCAGAUGCUAGAACACGUCUAGGCUAACCUUUCAUUAUUAUUUUAGGGUUUAACAAUGACCCAUGAUGUGCGAAAGAGCUGUUCUCUGGACUGGCCAAAACAGUCAAAAGCUAAGCUAGGUUUUGAUCCUAACUAUUAUGAAAGCCACAUUCCGUGUUGACCAGACGGAUAUUUAUAACUAGUUAAUGGGACACAUAUGUUUCUCCUAACAUUUAUGCUACAGUAAAGUAUUGAAGGAAACCGACACUACUUUGGCGUUUUAAAGUGAAUUCCUUUGUGAACUUCUUAACUGAAUGACCCAGGAUUCAGUAUGUCAUUUUUUAAUUUCCGUAAAAUAUUUAAAUUGGGAGCUGAGAAGAAGAAGAAACAGUAUGAACAUGUGCGCAGAGAUGAAAAUCCAGAGGAAAUAUGGGACAUAAUUGGUGAAUUGGGAGAUGGAGCCUUUGGGAAAGUGUACAAGGCCCAGAACAAACAGACGGGCAUCCUAGCUGCGGCCAAAGUUAUUGACACAAAGACCGAGGAAGAGUUGGAGGACUACAUGGUGGAGAUUGACAUCCUGGCCUCCUGUGACCACCAAAACAUUGUCAAACUCCUUGAUGCUUUCUAUUAUGAGAGCAAACUCUGGAUCCUCAUUGAAUUCUGUGCAGGAGGGGCUGUGGAUGCUGUCAUGCUCGAACUAGAGAGACCCCUGACAGAGCCUCAGAUCAAGGUGGUGUGUAAGCAGACUCUGCAGGCCCUCGUCUACCUCCAUGACAACAAAAUCAUCCACAGAGACCUGAAGGCCGGCAACAUCCUCUUCACACUGGAUGGUGAUGUCAAGCUGGCUGACUUUGGUGUGUCCGCCAAAAACACCAAAACGCUGCAGAGGAGAGACUCCUUCAUUGGAACGCCUUACUGGAUGGCUCCCGAGGUGGUGAUGUGCGAGACGUCCAAGGACCGUCCAUAUGACUACAAGGCCGAUAUCUGGUCUCUCGGGGUCACCUUGAUUGAGCUGGCGCAGAUUGAGCCGCCCAAUCACGAGAUGAACCCCAUGAGAGUCCUGCUGAAAAUAGCCAAGUCCGAUCCUCCUACCUUGAUGCAGCCGUCACGCUGGUCUCCAGAGUUCAGUGAUUUCCUAAAGCGGUGUCUGGACAAGAAUGUGGACAACAGGUGGAACCCGACACAACUUCUACAGCAUUCAUUUGUGACCAGUGUGACGGACAGCAAGCCACUUAGGGAGCUCAUAGCUGAGGCGAAGGCUGAGGUCACAGAGGAGAUUGAAGAGCACAAAGAGGAAGAGGAGGAGGAAGAAACAGAGACACAUCUGGGCCACAAACGCGCCCCAUCUGAUGUCAGCGUCGCCAGCUCAGAGGAUGAAAAGAUCCCCCUCUCUCCGUCCAUCUUGGAAUCUGUUCCUGAGAAGGUUGAGCCAAUUCCCCCUGUGCCAACACCCACUGAUGUCACUGUGGCCAACCAUGUGGUGGACACUAGUUUUGUGGAGGAGCCUGCCGCCCCUGCAGCAGAGGAGAGCCUAGAGGAGGCUCCAAACACUCCAGCUGAGGAUGGACAGCUAGAACAGAAACCUGUUGAGGAAAAGCUUCCAGAGGCAGAGGCAGAAGCAGAUGUUGCCUCACCAGAAGAAGAGACUGAACCAGAGGCACCUGUUAAGGAAAUGCAGCAGCUCGAGAUAGCUGUUGAGGAUGAAAAGGAAGUUGACACAGCCGAGGUUCCCGCCAAUCAGGAGGCCACCACAGAGAGCUCAGAGGUCAUUGAGGCUCCUCAGGAGGAAAAGGUGGCUGUAGUGGAGGAAUGUAACACACCAGCAGAGGAGGUGAAGGAGGAGGAGGAGGAGGAGGAAGAGGAGGAGGAGGACCGGUACAAACAUCUAAAGGUCACAGUGACACUACCAGAGCAAUAUAAGGUUGUCCCAAAAGAGGAGAAUGGAGAGAAACCCACAGAAAAGGAUAAAAUAAAUGCAGAAGAUGAGAAGAAAGUUCCGGACAAAGCCAAGGAUGACAAAGAGAGAGAUUCAGACUCAGGGAGCGGCUCAGCUGCAGAUAACAGCAGCGUAGACCUAAAUCUGUCCAUCUCAAGCUUUCUGUCCAAAACUAAAGAGCCUGGAUCUGUUUCCAUUCAGGACACCAAACGUCAGAAGAAGACACUGAAAAAGACUCGCAAAUUCAUCGUGGAUGGAGUGGAAGUCAGUGUGACUACGUCAAAGAUCCUCACUGACAAUGACACCAAGAAUGAGGAGAUGAGAUUCCUGAGGCGCCAGGAGCUGAGGGAGCUGCGUCUCUUGCAGAAGGAGGAGCAGAGGGCCCAGCAGCAGCUCAGCAACAAGCUCCAGCAGCAAAAGGAACAGACCUACCGCCGCUUCGAGCAGGAGACUACAAGUAAGAAGCGUCAGUAUGACCAGGAGGUGGAGAAUCUGGAGCGGCAGCAGAAGCAGACGAUCGAGAGGCUGGAGCAGGAGCACACCAACCGGCUCAGGGACGAGGCCAAACGCAUCAAAGCCGAGCAGGACAAAGAGCUGGCCAAGUACCAGAACAUGCUGAAAAACCGCAAGAAAGAGGGCAAACAGGAAAUGGGACUUUCUCCAAAGCAUGUGAAAAAUGCUAUCAUGAAACGUAUUAAAGAGGAUGUUAUCCAAGCCCCACCACAGGAGGAACAAGAGUUUCUUCAGAAGCAGCAGCAGGAUCUGGACAGCGCUCUAAAGAAGAUAAUCCAGCAACACAAACAUGAGCUCGCCACCAUCGAGAGAGACUGUCUCAACCACAAGCAGCAGCUUCUCAGAGCACGGGAGGCUGCUAUGUGGGAGCUGGAAGAGCGCCAUCUGCAGGAGAAACACCAGUUGUUCAAACAGCAACUCAAAGACCAGUACUUCAUGCAGAGACACCAGCUGCUCAAGAGACACGAGAAGGAGAUGGAACAGAUGCAGCGCUACAACCAGCGUCUGAUCGAGGAGAUGAAGAACAAGCAGACGCAGGAGAGAGCCAGGCUGCCCAAGAUCCAGCGCAGUGAGGCCAAGACCCGCAUGGCCAUGUUCAAGAAGAGCCUUCGCAUCACUGGAGCUGCCAUCACCCCCGAGCAGGAGAGGGAGAAGAUCAAACAGUUUGCAGCUCAGGAAGAGAAGAGACAGAAGAACGAGAGACUCCACCAGCACCAGAAACAUGAGAACCAGAUGAGAGAUUUGCAGCUGCAGUGCGACACCAACAUUCGAGAGCUUCAGCAGCUGCAGAAUGAGAAGUGCCACCUGCUGAUUGAACAUGAGACCCAGAAACUGAAGGAGCUGGAUGAGGAGCACAGCCUGGAGCUGAAGGAGUGGAGGGAGAAACUACGACCCAGGAAGAAGGCGCUGGAGGAAGAGUUUGCCAGGAAGCUGCAGGAACAGGAAGUGUUCUUUAAGAUGAGCGGCGAGUCAGAGUGCCUUAACCCCUCCAACCAGAGCCGCAUCUCCAAGUUCUACCCGAUCCCCAGCGUCCACUCCACUGGUUUCUAGGAGGAAUCUACGCACAUAUGCAGUAUACACACAGUGGACAUGGACAUAAGCACACACACACACACACACACUCAUGAAGAGAGUAAAGACUGAACCUGUGCUGCCUUGCCCUCAUUCUCUGACAGCUGUCAGGGUGUAGGGAUCUAAGUUGUUUUUCUGUCUCUGGACUUAGUUCCUCGAUGGUUUGCAGCUCUGCUCUGCGAGACUCUUAUUUUGCUCAUUUUGUCAUAUUUUCACACUAUUACCGUCAUUUUGAAGGAGAACUAUGAAGGAGAAUUUCAGAUUUAGUGCUUCAGUCAUCACCUCAAAACUACUAAAGUGAAGUAGCUCUCUGUCCAACCUUCUUUUGUGAUUGAAUUGUGUUUUUUUUUUUUAUGCAGACUCCAGUGCCUGUAGAAUCUGAUGUUUUUGGCUUUUAAAAUCAAGCAAUGUAUGAUUAUUAUUUGCUGCUCAAUUUAGCUCUAAUUUAGACAUUUGCACUAAGGAAAGGAUUUUUAUACCACUUAAUUUGGUUAAAUAUUAAAUAGCAACCUUAUCAUUUAUAAUUGAUCAUCAAAUAGAAUGUAUUUCUGACAACGAAGGAGCACACAUCACUCUUAAUGAAGGAAUGAUGAUACAGUAUAUUUUUAUUAGGUCAUUCAUGUGUGUCUGUGUUAGAGAGGUUAAGACGUCCAGGCAGUCGUUCGUCUUUACACAUCGUCUUUGUGAUACAUUAGGGGUUAAAAUAACCAGUCUUAUGCAUUAUUUCAAUGCAAGGUGUGGGAAUGUUUUCCAGCAGAAAUGAUUCCUUCUUUCAGGGUUUUUCUUCAGAAUGCCUUCCUGUUUCAAGCACUUAAGACUUGGGACUACUGUUUAGCAACGCACAGUACAUGGUGUAAACCAUAAGUUACUUUGCUGCAUAUGAUAGAGGAAGUGUGGAGAUGGUGUUUACAUACAGAGACAAAGGAUCACUGUUAAUUGGACACUAAGGAAAUCACAGUGGUGGCUGUUGAAAAACCAUUUAAUGUACCUGUUUGUUGGUCUUUUUUUCUUUUUCUUUUUUUUUAGGUGACACCACUUUUAUUGUUGUCCAGCAAAAGUUGUGUAUCUAUAGGAGCAAGUUCUUCAGGGAUGAAUAAAGAUUUUCAUUGAUGUCCA